CCGAACCAGGAAGCUCUGCAGUUUAGGAAAGUGAAACUUAGGCCGCAUUAUUUGCCUUUCAGUCGUUGUUGAGGCUAACGUUACCUGUGAGAACGCACAAAAUGGCUGAAUCCAGUGUUUCUUUGGCUCAAGAUCAGUUCAACUGUUCAAUCUGUCUGGAUCUACUGAAGGAUCCAGUGGCCAUUCCCUGUGGACACAGUUACUGUAUGUGCUGUAUUUCAGGUUAUUGGGAUCAGGAUGAGCAGAAGGGAGUCUACAGCUGCCCUCAGUGCAGACAGACCUUCACUCCAAGACCUGCAUUAGGGAAAAAUACCAUGCUGGUUGAAGUGGUGGAGAAACUCAGGAAGAGAAAACUACAAGCUGCUCGUCCUGCUCAGUGUUACUCUGAAUCUGCAGAUGUGGAGUGUGAUGUUUGUACUGGAGACAAAAACAAAGCCACCAAGUCCUGUCUGAUGUGUCUGAACUCUUACUGCCAAAAUCAUCUUGAACAACAUGAGACUUUCUUUAAAAUUAAAAGACACAAUCUGAUGGACGCCACUGGACGACUGCAGGAGAUGAUCUGUCCUCAACAUGAGAAACUACUAGGUAUUUUUUGUCGUACUGAUAAGCGCUGUAUUUGUUAUCUGUGUACAAUGGAUGAACACAAAACCCACGACACUGUAUCAGCUGCAGCAGAGAGGACUGACAAACAGAAAUAUUUUGAAGAGACACUUAAGAAGAGAAUCAUGGAGAACCAGAAGGAGCGUGAGGAGCUAAGAGCGGCUCUAGAGUCUCACAAGCGCUCUGUACAGGCAACAGUGGAGGACACUGAGAGGAUCUUUACUGAGCUCAUCUGCUCCAUUGAGAGAACACGCUCAGAGGUGACACAAGUGAUCAGAGAUCAGGAAAAAGCUGCAGUGAGUGGAGCUGAAAGACGACUGAAGAAGCUAGAGCAGGAGAUUGAUGAUCUGAAGAGGAGAAACACUGAGCUGGAGCAGAUUUCAAACACAGAUAAUCACAUCCAUUUCCUCCAGAAUUUCCAGUCUUUCUCUGUUCCCCCUGAAUCUACAGACACCAGCAUCAGAUCUCGUCUCUCAUUUGAUGAUUUGGUAACGUUUGUCUCUCAGGUGAAAGAGAAACUGCAGCAGACUGUUAAACAAGAGCAAAAAAACAUAUUUCACAUAGUGAGACACAUCAAUGUGAUGCCAAGCCCUCAAAAUAAGAGCCGGAAUGACUUCCUACAAUAUUAUAAACGGUUCACCCUGGCUUCAAACACAGCUCAUGAAUCUCUCAAGCUGUCUGAGGGGAACAGAGUGGUGACUAGGGCGAAGAAUGCUCUUUUUAGUUUUCCUGACAUUUUUGAAGAUUUAACUCAGGUGUUGUGUAACGAGAGUGUGUCUGGAUGCUGUUACUGGGAGGUUGAGUGGAGCGGCAGAGGAAUGUGUGCAUCAGUGGCUUAUAAGAGCAUCAGCAGGAAGGGACCUGGAUAUGACUGUAGAUUUGGACAUAAUGAUCAGUCCUGGGGUUUGUACUUCUCUGACUUCAGUUGCUCAUUCUGGCACAAUAAUAUACACACUAAACUCCCAGGAGUGUCCAGCUCAUCUAGAAUAGGAGUGUAUGUGGAUCACAGUACAGGCACUCUGUCCUUCUACAGCGUCUCUGGCAGAAUGAGGCUCAUUCACAGAGUCUACACCACAUUCACUCAGCCGCUCUACCCUGGGUUUGGGGUUUGCCAUGAUUCACAAUUAAAAUUGUGCGAUUAAGCUUUUUUUUUUCUUCUUCAAAUUCUGUGCUUUUCCUUAAAGUUAAAAUGUUGCAAUCUCUUAAACUUACAGUUUUCUUUAUAGAUUACAGCAUGUCUAGUAAAUCUUUGACAAUUAUGAUCACAACAACCAUUCAGAUCUGCAUUUGACUUCCUGUAAAUAGUUAUGAAACAGGUCUUCAGUGUACAGUAGACUGUAUUAAGUCACAAAUAAAACUAUUAUUACAGAAAUGCCUGGAUAACAGUUUAUAGUUUGGAUAUAAGCACUGAUAUCUACCAUGAAAUCAAAGUAGAUUUGUUUGUUACGUGAAAGAAACUUGACACUUAAAAUUAAUGCUGCAAAAUAUAUCAUAAUAUGUAAAUCAACGUUGGAAUGUUGGGCACUUCUGCUCUACAUUGUUAUUUUUACAUUUGAUAAUUACAUUUCUGUUAUAGGGCUGCACAGUGGUGCAGUGGGUAGCAAGUUCGCCUCAACACAAGAAGGUCGCUGGUUCGAUCCGCGGCUGGAUCCGUUGGCGUUUCUGUGUGGAGUUUGCAUUUUUCUUCCCUUGUUCCUCCCUGUUUCCUCCAAGUGCUCCAGUUUCUCCCACAAGUCCAAAGACGUGGUACAGGUGAAUUGGGUAAGCUAAAUUGUGCAUAGUGUAUGUGUGUAAAUGAGUGUGUAUGGAUGUUUCCCAGAGAUGGGUUGCAGCUGGAAGGGCAUCUGCUGCGUAAAACAUGCUGGAUAAAUUGGCGGUUCAUUCCGCUGUGGCGGCCCAGAUUAAUAAAGGGACUAAGCUGAAAAGAAAAUCAAUGAAUGAUUUUCGGUUAUAAACUAUACAAUUUUUUGUAAAUUAGCAGUUUUCCUUAUUUUCUUUUUAAUUAUUAAUUUGGGCUUUUUCACCUUUUAUGGACAAAACAGUAUUCACCUUAUUCUUCACCGACUAGCGGGUGCAGCCAUUUUAAUCUUUUUGGCUCGAGACUUCUGGUCUUAUUCACUUCCAUUCAUUUUUAGACAUUAAAAACUGCUUGUUUCGCUGUUUGAUGUUGCAAACUGAUAUUUGCUUAUUAUAUUAUGCUACUCGGUCUGUAUAGUCAUGCAAACAUUUGUUUGUAGAGCAAGUAGUUUGACCGUUUUCUGCCGUUUAUUAUUCCUAGUUAUUUGUCCCAUAGGCAACUGAAUCGAAAGUUUUAAGACAAUCGCGAAAACAGGCGCACUUCCGCAUUUUAGAAUAAGUUCAAUAGAGUAUUGACAGAAAAGUGUGGGGAGCAGAGAGAGGGGAAGAAUCAGCAUAGGACGUCAAGGCAUAAAUUGAACUCAGGUCUCCGUGAGCAGGAGCGAAUAUGUCAACGCACUAACCACUACACCAUUGACGCCGACCAGUUUUCUUUAUUUCCUUUUAUGGGACCUUGAUCUUUCUUCAAACAAUUUUUAACCUUGAAAACCUUGAGCUCGAGGAUCUCCAAGUUCAGGGCUCUCUCCCUGGACAGCAUACCAAACACGCUCCAUAAUAAAUCAUCAGCUAAGGGCGAACUCUUGAAAUCACAUUUCAAAACCUGAUCUGAUAUUUGUUAGUGUAUAUGUAUGGCUUAUGUGUGCUGUUGUCAUUGUUUUAAAUGUAUACUAUAUGCUAUGUGUGGUUUUCUAUUAUUUUUAUUCUGUUAUAAUUUUCAUUUUACUGUUCAGCACUUUAGUCUGCUGCUCGCUGGUUGUAAAGUGCUUUAUAAAUAAAGUUAAAUGAAUGAAUGAAUUAAUCAGGUAUUAUUAGAAUUCUGUUCAGAAUCAUGUAAUAAUGGACUGUAUGUAAGAGCUGGAGAUGUUUAAAGACCUAUAAUCACAGUUACUGAACUAAUAAUUCAUGAUGUUUCCUUAAUGUAAAUAAAAAAAAUCACUCACUGCGGGAUUUCUGUGAA